CUCCUUCAUACAUACUUAUCAGAAUUGAAUUUUUAACACUGUAAAUGACAAUGCUGAACUGAACUAGAAAAUGUCAUCAGAAUACCAAGUAAAAUGGUUAUUUCAACAUUUAUCUCAUGUUUAAAAAAUAUUUUUUGGCCUCUGUGUGCCCGCGGAGUAGCCAUCAUGAGCAAAGCUCACCCUCCCGAGUUGAAAAAAUUUAUGGAAAAGAAGUUAUCACUGAAAUUAAAUGGUGGCAGACAUGUCCAAGGAAUACUGCGGAGAUUUGAUCCCUUUAUGAAUCUUGUGAUAGCUGAAUGUGUGGAGAUGGCGACUAGCGGACAACAGAACAAUAUUGGAAUGGUGGUAAUACGAGGAAAUAGUAUCAUCAUGUUAGAAGCCUUGGAACGAGUAUAAAUAAUGGCUGUUUAGCGGAGAAACCCAUGUCCUCUCUCCAUAGGGCCUGUUCUAUGAUGUAAAAA